ACCUUCUUGGACUUUUACAACACGUGGGGCUUCAUGGACGAGUCCUCAGUUCUAAUUUAGUAGCAGUUUUAAAUUAAUGUACUCUUUUGAAAUAUAAUAAUAAUAAAUAAAGAGAAGAGAAGGUUUGGGUAAAUAUAGCUAGGCAGUGAGCAGAACCAUGUUGUCGGAGUUUGAUCUGAUCGGCACCAUUGACGACAACAUAGAUGUACCAGAAGACGAGGAGUCGGGCUCUGAUGGCGAGGAGCAGCCCAUCGUGUUGAGUAAGGAGAAGAAGGCGCUGAAAGGACGAAGCAAUGGCGACUUCAACGCUGACUUUGAGUUCGGAGAGAAAGAUGGACUGUAUAGUGAGGACUUGGCCAUGGCAGAAGUUAUGAGCCAACUUAAAAAACGAAAAGCACCCACCACGUUGGAUGAGAAGAUAGAAAAAGUGCGUAAGAAGCGCAAAAUGGAGGAGAAAGCAGAGAAAGGAGGCAGCAAAAGUGAUACUUCAGUCACCAAGGAGGAGGAGGAUGAUGCUGAAGACGGUGACGAUGAUGACGAUGGUGAUGACGACGACGACGACAACGGAGAUAAAGAGCUUGAGGACCAGACAAAUGAAGAUGUUGGGAGUGAUGAUGAUGAUGAUGAUGAGUUUAAUUCAGGGGACGAAGAAGUCCUCAAAAAAGCAGAUACUCUAAGAGAAAAAGGCAAGAAAGGAAAAAGGAAGGCAGCGGAAGAGCCUGAAGCCUUCUUUGAAGACGCCUCACAGUACGAUGAAAACCUAACAUUCCAGGACAUGAAUCUGUCAAGACCUCUGCUGAAGGCCAUCACCACCAUGGGCUUCAAGCAGCCCACACCAAUCCAGAAGGCGUGUGUUCCAGUGGGUUUACUGGGGAAGGAUAUCUGUGCUUGUGCUGCUACUGGAACUGGUAAGACUGCAGCAUUCAUGUUGCCUGUACUGGAGCGUCUCCUUUACAAGCCGAGAGUAAUGCAGGUAACGCGUGUGCUUGUGCUCGUGCCCACCAGAGAGCUGGGCAUCCAAGUGCACUCUGUAGCACGCCAGCUUGGCCAGUUCACCAACAUCACCACCUGCCUGGCUGUAGGUGGCUUGGACCUGAAGUCUCAAGAGGCAGCGCUGAGGUUGGGGCCUGACGUCCUGAUUGCCACACCCGGCCGCUUGAUAGAUCACUUACACAAUACUCCAUCUUUUGAGCUUAGUCAAAUCGAGGUGCUUAUUCUGGACGAGGCUGACCGGAUGUUGGAUGAAUAUUUUGAAGAGCAGAUGAAGGAGAUUAUCCGGCUGUGCUCUUAUCAGAGACAGACUAUGCUGUUCUCUGCCACCAUGAGUGAAGAGGUAAAAGAUCUGGCCUCGGUGUCACUGAAGCAGCCAGUGAGAAUCUUUGUGAACAGUAACACAGAUGUGGCUCCAUACCUCAGACAAGAAUUUGUAAGGAUUCGACCAGCCAGAGAAGGAGACCGAGAGGCCAUAGUUGCAGCGCUCCUCACGCGCACUUUUCAGGACCAUGUGAUGUUGUUCACCCAGACCAAGAAACAGGCCCACCGCAUGCACAUCCUUCUCGGCCUCAUGGGUUUAAAAGUCGGAGAGCUCCAUGGCAACCUGUCUCAGACGCAAAGAUUGGAGAGUCUCAGGCGAUUUAAAGAUGAGCAGAUUGACAUCCUGGUGGCCACAGAUGUAGCAGCCAGAGGCCUGGAUAUUGAGGGAGUCAAAACAGUUAUAAACUUCACCAUGCCAAACACAGCGAAGCACUAUGUGCACAGAGUGGGCCGCACAGCUCGAGCAGGAAAAGUAGGUCGUUCUGUGUCGCUGGUGGGGGAAAGCGAGAGGAAGAUGCUGAAAGAGAUUGUCAAAAAAGCCAAAGCUCCUGUUAAAGCUCGCAUUAUUCCUCAAGAGGUGAUUCUGAAGUUCAGAGAUCUGAUUGAGAAGUUGGAGAAGGAUGUAUAUGCUGUCUUGCGUUUGGAGAAAGAAGAGAAAGAGAUGGUGCACUCAGAAGCACAGAUUAAUGCAGCUCAGAAGAGGCUAACACAGAAAUCAGAUGAGAAACCGCCAGCAAGGUCUUGGUUCCAAACCCAUGAUGAGAGGAAGAAGGAACGAAUGAGCAAAGCACUUCAGGACUUUGACUUGGCCCUAAGGGGGAAGAAGAAGCGUGCUCAAUUCUUGAAAGAGGGCAAGAAAAAAGUGCUGUCGGCUGAAGAAAGAGCUCAGUUUGAAAUGCUCAAGUCUCAGAUGUAUGCCGAGCGGGCCGCAAAACGUGACCGCAAGCCCAAACGAGCCAGAGUUGUGCCAGAAGACGAGCCCAAAAACACAGCCUCAAAACAAAAAGGUGGAAAACCUACGAAGAAGUCUGUGUUUGACAAAGAGCUCACCAAUGUCAACAAGAAAGUCCUGAAACAGUACAGAUCUGGGCCUUCCUUUGAGGACAGAAAAAGACUAGGGAUUGCCCAUAAGAAAGGAGGACGCUUCAAAUCCAAAGCCAAGUUCAGGAGGAAGUGAAGUGUCAAAGUGGAAAACCAGUUUCUCUCUGGUCCUGUUCGAUCUCUUUCAAGACCAUCUAGGAAAGUGGUCUUUCCUUUGGGCACAGCAGCAACAGAGCAAUUUUGCACUCAUUGUGUGCACUAAAUGAAUUACAACUGAAUUUAUUGCUGCUAUGUUCGGGACAUUAUUACAGCUGAGUCAUGUGAAAGAUACAAUAACUGAUUAUUGUUGUAUAAGCCAUGUAAAAAUAGAAACUAGUUGCAGUUUUAAUGGAUGUCUCCGACUUCCCAUUGUUAAUGUUAUUGCAAAUUUUUUUAUUUUUUUUGCAAUCAGCAAAUAAUUUCUGCAUAACAUAGAUAUCCUGUUAUUAAAAAUGUUGUUUCUGAACUUCA